UUAAAUGCAUGAGAAUUAUAGAAAAUUAAUAAAAUGACAACAAAAAAAAUUUAACAAACAAUUUUAUUGACUAGUUUGAUUAUAGAAUGUAUAAGCAUUUUUUAAUUUAGCAAACACAACAAAUACCUCAACAAUUAAAACAAAACAAUAAAAUUAUUUUACAAUUAAACAAAACAAUAAUUUUAAUAGUCUCAUUAUUUUAUAUGAGGAAUAAAUAAAAAUUCAGUAAAUUAUUCGGCCAUUUAUUUAUUAAAAUUCAUCAAGAAUGGCUGGAAAUUUUUGGCAAAGUUCACACCAUCAACAAUGGCUUUUGGACAAGCAAGAUUUAGUAAGAGAACGUCAACAUGAUAUUGCAGUACUCACUGAAGAAGAGUAUCAAAAAUUAUUUAUAUUUUUUUCAAAUUUAAUACAAGUACUGGGUGAACAAUUAAAAUUAAGACAACAAGUUAUAGCAACAGCAACAGUUUAUUUUAAACGUUUUUAUGCUAGAAAUAGUUUAAAAUGCAUUGAUCCAUUAUUGCUAGCACCAACAUCAGUUUUUUUAGCAUCAAAAGUUGAAGAAUUUGGUGUUAUAUCAAACACAAGAUUGAUAACAACCUGUCAAACUGUAGUUAAAAAUAAAUUUAAUUAUGCAUAUUCACAAGAAUUUCCAUAUCGAACAAAUCACAUAUUGGAAUGUGAAUUUUAUUUACUAGAACAUCUUGAUUGUUGUUUAAUUGUUUAUCAACCAUAUCGUCCAUUGUUAACACUCAUACAAGAUGUUGGUCCAGAUGAGCAAUUAUUAACACUUGCAUGGAGAAUCAUCAAUGACAGUUUACGUACUGAUGUUUGUCUUCUUUAUCCACCUUAUCAAAUAGCCAUUGGAUGCCUACAAAUAGCAUGUGUUAUUCUUCAAAAAGAUCUUAAAUCAUGGUUUGCUGAGCUAAAUGCAGACAUGGAAAAAAUACAAGAAAUAGCAAGAUAUAUUAUUAAUUUAUAUGAACUAUGGAAAACAUAUGAUGAAAAAAAAGAAAUUCAAGGUUUACUUGCUAAAAUGCCAAAACCAAAAGCAGCACCACAACGAUGA